GCGCGGCAGUAGUAGCUGUAGAUUCGGUUUGGUGUAGAGGAAAAGAGACGCAUAUAUAUACUAAUUACAUAUAUAUAUAUACAUAUAUAUAUAUACACAUACAUAUAUACAUAUAUAGGAAGAAAAGGAUAGAAAAGAAAGAGGUCGAAAGAGAGUAAGAGCGGAGCGGGCGCCGUUACGAUAAAAGAAGUUUUUCGGAGAGCGUAUUCGGGAGAGCGUUCAAUGGUCGAAGCAGUUAUGCGCCACGCCGUCAUAGGACUGUUAGCUAGCUAGUUCUGACUACGGGAGGUCUCGGGCCGCAGUUACGACCUCGAGAGAACGAGCGGGUUCGCCUCGCGAAGAUGACCAUAAUAGUCUUUUUGAUCGACACGUCGGCCUCCAUGAAUCAGAGGGCAUAUUUGGGCGGGCGACCCACGCUUUUAGACGUAGCCAAGAGCGCCGUGGAGACUUUCGUGAAGGUAAGACAGAGAUCACCGGAGAGCCGUGGGGAUCGUUAUAUGCUCCUGACCCUCGAAGAUCCGCCCCAGAAUAUCAAGGCUGGCUGGAAAGAAAAUUUAGCAACUUUUAUGAAUGAGCUUAAAAAUUUACAAUGUGUCGGAUUGACAACAUUAGGUGCUGCUUUGAAACAUGCUUUAGACGUUCUGAAUAUAAAUCGUAUGCAGACAGGAAUAGAUACAUAUGGUCAAGGAAGAUGUCCCUUUUAUCUGGAACCUUCAGUAAUUGUUGUCAUUACAGAUGGGGGAAAGUACACUACUAAUAGUGGUGUAAAUCAAGACUUCACAUUGCCAAUGCAUUCUCCUAUACCUGGAUCCGAAUUGACGAAAGAGCCGUUUAGAUGGGACCAAAGAUUAUUUUCUUUGGUAUUGAGACUAUCCGGAACACCGGCCGUCGAAAGAGAUACUGGCUUAGUGGCAAGCGAUUUAUCUCCUAUAGAUGCUAUGUGUGAAGUUACCGGAGGUCGUUCGUAUUGUAUAACAUCUUUUAGAAUGAUGAUGCAGUGUAUAGACUCUUUGGUACAAAAAGUUCAGUCAGGCGUGGUGAUAAAUUUCGAGAAGAUUGGACCAGAUCCUCCGCCAUUAACCAACGAAGCACAACACGCGGAUGACGAUGAAAACGAAGACGAGAGUAAUACAACGAAUGGAGCACGAUCGUUGUAUCCCCCGAAUCCAACAGUACCGGGCAAUACGGCAUGGCAUUCUUGCAGAAGACUGAUUUAUGUUCCAAGAUCUGCUCAAAAAGGAUUUGCUGUUGGUUUCUGGCCGAUCCCCGAAAGCUUUUGGCCUGAUCUCAGUGCUAGUUCUUUGCCGCCUAGGUCAGCGCAUCCGAACGUCAAGUUCACUUGCACGAGUCAAGAGCCUAUGGUGAUAGAAAAUCUACCAUUCGAUAAAUACGAACUGGAACCGAGCCCUUUAACGCAAUACAUAUUAGCCAGAAAGCAACCAACAAUUUGUUGGCAAGUUUUUGUAGCUAAUUCCUACAAAUCCAGCGAUGUGGGUCACCCGUUUGGAUAUUUAAAAGCAAGUACUAAUUUAACGUGCGUGAACUUGUUUGUAAUGCCCUAUAAUUAUCCGGUGCUCUUACCUUUGCUGGAAGAACUCUUUAAAGUUCACAGAUUAAAGCCAACAAACGAAUGGAGAACACAGUUUCAAAAUUACAUGAGAACCAUGCCCACUUAUUAUGCAGCGUCCCUUAGGAGAGCUUUAACUAGAAUGGGUGCUCCGGCACCAUUAGCACAAACAUUAAUUCCUGAUAACAUGGAUAACUCUUUAUCCUAUAGUGUCUUAAAUUAUUUAAAACGACUGAAAAAUCAAGCUAAAAUUGAAUUCGAUAGACUUUGCAACGAGGUUCUUUCUAAACAACUCGCUGCUGCCAAUAUGACAAAAAAUUUAGUAAAUGGUAGUACAACAACAGUGACAGAUGGAGUGAGAGUUAUUCCUAGAACUCCUUUGAAGAAAGAUUUGGUAUCGCAUCCAUUAUUACAAGACAAGUUUACAGGUCUAAGGGAUCAAUUGAACGAGUUUGGUGGAUUUGUAGUUGGAUUGGUCAGAAGUCAACAACGUGGCGCGCAUAGUUACAGGAAUGCGUUUGACGUUCCACGGAAGUCCCUCUUGGAUCAAGUUGUGAGAAUGCGUGCCAACUUCCUUCAACCUGGAUUAUUACAUACAAAACUACUUGACGACGACUACGUUCAUUCGAUGCCUUUAGCGCAAAUGGGAAAUUAUCAAGAAUAUUUGAAACGCAUGACUCCGCCUUUAAGAGAAAUCGAAAGUGUUCCGGUUAGACAGCAUAUGUUCGGCAAUCCAUUCAAGAUAGAUAAAAGGAUGAUGGUCGAUGAAGCGGAUAUCGAUAUGGUUGGUGCAACGUCUUCGACCUCGAAGGGCGGUCUUAAACGUACAUUACCAGCUUCAGAUGGGGGAUUGCUUGCUUCGAAACCGCCACCAAAUAAACGAAAACCGGGUCCAAUACCUAAAGAUGUAGUUGUACGGAGACCGUCGUACACACCUACGAAUACUCCGCCAAGUUCGCCAAUACCGUGGGUCGACGACACGAAAAAUCAAGUAACCCCGGCUGCUGACUCAAAUCAAGUUUCACCAAAUACGGUGAAUUCUACAACACCUAGUAUAUCAAAUACAUCGAAUAUAAAUUCAUCCGAGAAAUUAGUAAAUGGUCUUGCAGAAAUGCCGACAAUACCGGUCUUUGAACCAAUUCCAGUGGAACAUAUUAAUAAUCACAUGGACGCGCCACCGACUUUGACGCCGGUAGUUAAUAAUGUUGACGCUCCUAAAAUUGAAAUAAAAGCUGAGAAAGUGGAGAACGUUAAAAACGAGUGUAACAAACUACCUCUUAACGAUUAUGUUGAAAAUAGUGUGAAAGUUGAAAAUUCAAUUGACGAAAGGUUGUCCAAUCAUGUCGAGGAUAAACGCGAGCCCAAAGUAGAAAAAGACAAAGUUUUGACGAAGAAGGAAUUAGAAGAUAUUAGAAGACAUAAUUUGUCCGUUCGUGAACUUGUAUAUAAAGAAGUACGGAGAAGAGGUACAAAUUAUGCGACACUAUUUUCACACUUACACCAAAUUCAAGGAACUUUAGAUAUACGACUUGCAUUUUUGCGAGAUAUCGUUAAAGAAUCGUUACGAUUUAAAAGACGUAAUUUGGCAUCAUUGCUAGAAGAAUAUUUGAAAACUGUACAAGAGGAUAGUUGGACUGUAAACCACAAGGUGAAUCACAAUGGUGCCACAAAAAUAAGUUAAGAAUUCGUUGCAUAAUCAGGGCAUUAUUUCAAUAAUAAGAAUAAGAAUUCAGUGAAUAAUGCGAGAUGUCUAAAUGGGAUACAAGGUAUCCCAUCAAGCAAGUCGUACAUCUGUAAAGCGAUAAGCGUGUUAGCGUUUAAGGAUGUAUGUUGCUAAGGCGCGCGGAGUGAUAAUAAUUGAUAAAUCUAAUGAAAGAAAAUAGCAUUCUGGAUGUCAACCAAGGAGAUAUGGUUUAACAUUCUCCUAUUUUUCUCUUGCUUUUCACUUCGUGACUGUACAGUUGGUAGAAAUAUGUUUUCUCUUGUUCUCUGCGAAUGAUCAAUAAUGUGUGUUAAGACAAUAAAGUCUUGUCAGCAGUAAUUUAAUAACUUUGUAAACGUGUGAGUUUUUAUGCAUUUGCAACAUAUAAAAUUCUCUUGUAUUUGUUCAUUAAAUAUUCAAACUUUCAUAUUUUGAGGUUUCUCAUUUAAUUAUCCAACGUUUUUAACAACUCGAUGCGAAUUUAAUACUACAAAAUUAUUGAUAUGUACUGUGAUGUGCAACAAUUUUUAAGUAUUUGCGAUUAAUGCUAUUAAAAAUAAUAGGCAUGCUGUUUGUAGAAUACUACCCGUCUGUUUUUCUUUAAAGAAGUAACUCGUAAAUAUUUUAUGUCUUGGAUGCAGGCAUCCAAGAAACCUUUUGUUUGAAAAAUAUUUAUUAUCUAAUAAUUAGCGAUUAUAGUCUAACUUUAAAGUUUGUCUAUUUUUUAAACAAAUUUAAAAAAAUAUAUCGCCCUGGUAAAGUACAAUAUUAAUCAAAUAGCACAAUUCUACCAGCUGCACAAUCGAGAAUUUGAUGAAUUAUAUAAGAACAACAAUUAUGUAUUUUCUUUAACCGCGUCGUUUUCUUUCUUUUCGUUUGUGAAAAUUUUAACGUACACUAUUGUGAUCUAGGAUAUAAAUCAAGGAACAAAUUUAUCAGCACACAAUACGCUCUGUACAUUUUUCUGUAUAUGUUGUUAAUAGUAUGAAGCCAAAUUGAACUCUCGUUUCUAUAAAAAGUGAAAAAUACUUAUGCUCGGAUCUUUCAAAAUUAAAAUACAUAUCUUCUGUUUAAAAGAAAGAUUGUAAAAAUUUACAUUUUGUAGAUAGAAAGAAUAUUUUUAUCAUGUAAUUCAGUAAAUUAAAAUACCCUGGAAAUAGAAUUGUUUUUGUCAUAAUGAAUCUUCUUUUAUGAAAUUUAGGGCAUACGAUAUUGGCUUUCAAAAAGUAUAAAAAACUGUCAUAAAAACUGAUUUUUAUAUUCGACAUUACCUUAUAGAAUUGAACUUAUUGAUGAAUUCAAUGAAGGGUUGACAGUGCCUAAUGCUAUUGAAAAUUAGCGUGAAAAAUAUUGUAUUUAUUUUUAACCCACUACAAACGCCAUUUUAAUUCAAUAUAACUUUUAGACGUCCUUAUAAAAAAACGUAUAGUAUGUUCAAAAACAUGGUAAAAUUAUAUUAUAAUUCUUAACAAAACGAACAAAGUAUAUAGGUUUCCUUUAGUACACUGAACUGCAUAGUUUUACAGAUACAGACGCAUUUACGACCAUUUGAUCAAAGUCAAAAAAAGAAUUUGUAUUAAAUUUUAUAUACAAUUUUAUGUUCUUAAUCAUUGUGAAGUGGGUUGAAAAGCAUACAAUUAUUCGCAAUGAUUUAUACAAAUGAUUAAUAAUGUCAAAAUCACUUGUUACUAUCUAUAAGGAGUGAUAAUGAUUUGACCAAAUAUUAAGUAGAUUGUCCUAGAUUGAAUGAUCAGGAAGAUUAUCUUACCCAUUGAUCUUAAAAUAGAUUAUGCAUGUAUUAUGCAUAGUAGAAACACAUCUCCCAAGCAAUCUCAUCUAUACUUCACUUUAGUAUCUUUUAUAUAAAAAUAGAGGAAGCUUUUAGUGCCUGGGGUUCAUUGGAGCGUUUUACUCUCAAUAGUCAAUGAUUGUUUCACACAAAUACGCGGAUGAGCCUUCUUCAUUCUAAAAAUCGCUUCGUUACUCGUAACUGCUGCAAGAACAGUCUUCACGUUUAUAUGUAAAAACACUAAAUUCUUGAAAGUAAAACUGUCUAAUGAAUCCCCGACAUAAGAGGCCAAUAAAUUACAACAUAUCAUCUCUACCAUUAAAUUACAAUUUACCUCUCAUUUAAAUAUAAAGGGGCCUAUUCAAAAGACCUUCUAGUAUCAGUUUUAGAAGGAACUGAAUUUUACGCAUUUUCUGGAUUUUCUAUAAAUGCAUUUUUAUAUCAAGAUAGCGAUUAUUGCCCCUUCAUAUUUAAACAAAUCUUACGUAAGAUAAUCUACCUGAGGUUUCUUUUCGGGGACACUAAAUAUCUAUAUUCUCCUCUUUGUAAAUCUAGUAGCGAAAUUGUAUAUCAAAUAGUAUUUAUUAAUUAAAAUCGUUAAACGUUUAAUAAAUUAUUUUAUAAUAAUGGAGCUUAGCUGAGUCUCGAAGACAAUGAUGCUAGACGCUUAAUGGCUCCAAAGAGAAAUUAAUAAGAAAGUUGAAUGAACAUAACACAAAGUGCGAUUCUAUAAUGAAUUAAUAGAUAAUAAAAAAAAAAAAAAAAUAUAUAACGGAGUAAGUAAUACAAUUACGAAAUUUUUGUUAUAGAAAUUAUAAUUUUUUAUUAUACGAACGUUUUAACCAAGAAAAUUAAGUGAAGAUAUUUGCAAAAAAAGUGUCAAAAAGUAUGGAAAACUGCUAUAUCAUAUUUUCGUUAAAACGAUAUGUUGUAAAUUUGUAAGAAAUGUUUAUAAUUUUUUUUGUUUCAUAAAAAUAUUUGGUCUUAUGAUACACAAUUGUGUAAGAAUUAUUUAUGAAAUAGAAAACUAUAAAUUUAAUACUUUCGCGCAUUAAGAGGAAGCUUAAACUAUAAUUGACAAGCUUAUGAUCUGUUACAUAAUCAAAACUUUGUUAGGAAUAACGUGAUCCUUUCUUAGCAAGUAUCUUCAACUUUUUUUUUAACUUCAUUUCAAAG